AUGGCACCAAGCGAAGCUACCAUCCUGCGCAACUACCUCCUCCUCCCCUCCCGCCUGCCGACAAUCAUAUCGCUGCAAGAGUUCACCUCGUUCUUUCCGAAGUCGCAACAGGCGUCCCCCCAGAUACGUGCACUGUACCGCGACCUCCAGCAACAGCGCAAUGCACUCGUCGACGGUGUGGCCGCGAACAUCGACAGGGAGGUCAAAUCCGGGAAGGCGCUGCGGCGGGCAGUAAUCAAGGCGAAGAGAGAGGCGGACGUGGAGGAGCUGGAUGACGAAGUCGAGAUUGAAAGAGCGUUGUUCGGAUCUACCUCGAGUACGAACCAGCCGAAGAAACACUCUUUGUUAAGCAUCACACCCGACAUGGACGAGGCAGCCACCGACAUGGAGCGCGAAGUACAGCAAUUGGAAGAGGAGGAAGCUGCCCUUCUGGAUACUGUGAAGCAAACUGCUGGGAACAUGAGCGACCUCCGCUAUGGGCGACUCGCCAAUUCCAAGCUCAGAGCUGAAGUCCUGGAUGGUCUACAAGGUAUACAAGAAGUGUGCAAGCAAAAGACGCCAGAAAAGCCCGAGUGA